AUGGAGAAACCCGAAUCCACCGCCCACAUUGAGCAGUCCAACACCUCCAAAUCCCUCCACAUCUCCCCCAACCACACCCGCGGCCAUGCUAUCCAACAGCAAGAACACAACAGAACAUACCUACAAACCUUCCGCAAGGAUCCAUGGCUUCUGCUCUGGAUCGGAGUCAUGCUCUGGACUCUGAUCGUUCGCGGUUUUGAGAACCAGUCUUCAGGCUCUGUCAUUAGUAUCCCCGUCUUCAAGGAACGCUUCGGCAAGCCUGAUGACAAGGGUAAUUACUUUAUCGAGACGAGCUGGCAGUCAGCUUUGAGCGGUGGCUCUAACGCUGCUGCUAUCUUUGGUGCUUGGGCGUCUUCAUACUUUGCCGAUAUCAUUGGCUUCAAGCCAGUUGUUCUUGCUGCUGCUGCCAUCAACAUUGGUUCUGUAGGCGUCGAGUUUGCUUCUACAUCUAUCGAAAUGUUCUUUGCCGGAAAGAUGGUCAACUUUAUCGCCAUCGGAGCAUUCCAGAACCUCUGUACCGCGUACGUUGCAGAUGUCUCACCAUUGGCUAUUCGCUCUACUACGAUCGGUUUCUGCAACCUUGCUCAAUGCAUCGGUCCCUUCAUCUCCGCCAUCCUGUCCAACUUUAGUUCUCAGUGGGAUACCAAUUGGUCAUGGCAAUCUCUGAUUGUUGCCCAGUGGGGUUUCGCAGCAGUGGCUCUUGUCGGACAAAUUGCCAUGCCUGAAUCUCCAGUCUUUCUGGUCCGCAAAGGCAAGAUGGAACAGGCCCGCAAAGCCCUUGGACGAAUGUACUCUGACCCAGAAGAUGCGUCUGGACAUUUGGAACGGAUCAAGUUGACUCUCGAAGAGGCAGAGUCUCAAAACCUUGGUUCUUAUCUCGAUUGCUUCAAGGGUACCAAUCUUCGAAGAUCCCUCAUCGCCAUCAUGGUGUUCCUGUCAGAGCCCAUGUCAGGUCUGGGAUUCGUUUCUAACUAUGGUGCUUUGAUGUAUCAAUACCUGGGGAUUGGCGACAAGAAGUCUUUCCAGAUUCAAAUUGGCGCACAGAUCCUUUCUAUGUCCGGCGCAACCAUUGCAUUCAUUGUAGGCGACUUUUACGGCCGUCGACCCAUGUAUGUCACCGGUUGUGUUGCCCUCGCUUGUCUGCUCAUGUGCAUGGGUAUCUCUGGGUCAGUCGACAACACAGCUGCCGUCACAGCAUCAGUCGGGUUUUACACCAUGUACAACUUCUUUUACAAUGUCGGUGUUGGUUCGACUGUGUACACCAUUGCAGGAGAGAUUCCUACUUCCGUCCUACGAACCAAGACGAUUGCGAUUGCCAUCUGCAUUUCUUCGGCUGUCAACACCAUGUGGUCUUUUGUCGCGCCGUACAUCUUCAACCCGGAGUUUGCCAACCUCAAGGCGAAGAUCGGUUUCAUUUUCGGCGGUUUCAUGAUCAUCUUUGCCGUUCUUGCGUUUUUGUUUGUUCCCGAGACCCGCAUGAGGAGUUACGAGGAGUUAGAUGAACUCUUUAUGGAUAGGAUCCCUGCUCGACAGUUCCGCAAGCAUGUCACUCUUGCCGAACGUCGCGCUGAGGAGGCAUAUGCAAUUGAGAACGGCACAGAGGAAAAGAUUCGAAGUGUCUGA